GUGCAAUGCAUGUGUGGAUAUGUGCCCCGAAAACCUGGAAAAACGAAAUCGCUCGACUAAUCCUUUUUCUUUUUUUCUCUCUUUAUUAGUAGGAGUAUUUAUCUGGGAGGAGAGUGGGAAAGGGCGAGAAUCACAGUGACUGAAUAGAGUGAGAAGGCAGGAGCAACACGCGAACAAACAAAGAAAGCAACCAAGGAUAACACAAAAAUAGCUUUAAAGCCAGCCAGACCCACUAGUUAAACUGCACCGCACCACUCCCCCUCCCCAACUCAUCAGAUACUCUCCUCAUCACUCAUCAGCCUGCUGCCUAGUUCCAUCCUAGAGAGAGAGAGGGAGAGAGAAGGGGUGGAAAAGGUGUGAGCAGAUUGUUGAUAGAUAGAGGGAGAGAGAAAAAGAGGGGGAUAUCACAGCAGCAGCCGCAGCAGCGGGCAGAAAGAAAGACCCAAACGAGUGAGAGGAGAGAGAGAGAGACGAAAGCUUAGAAGAAGAGAGAUCCACCUCGAAGUAACCCCCUCCCUCCUCCUUCCCCAUCAUCUCCUCCCUCCCCCCGCUCUCCUCUCCUCUCCUCUCCUCUCCGACUUCUUCCGUGCUCUCUUCUUGCUGCGAGCGGAAGCGGCCUGCUCCGGGCUGCGGGCUCCAAGGAGUCGAAUUGCUCUGCUCCGGGGGGGCUAGCUGGGACGAUGAGGGAGGAGGAGGAGCCCAGCUGGUUCGCGCGCUUCGACGAGGACCUGCCGGCGCCCGACGAGCUCAUGCCGCUCUCGCAGUCGCUCAUCACCCGCGAUCUCGCCGCCGCCUUCGACAUCCCCACGCACACGCACGGGGGCGGCCCGCUCAGCGGCGCCGACGCCGCCGGCGCCGCGGAGAUGAACGGCGGGGCCUCGUCGGCCGCUGGCUCCAGCGGCGGCAACGGGGGCGGCAACGGCGAGGAGCCGGCCAGGACCCUCAAGCGCCCGCGCCUCGUGUGGACGCCGCAGCUGCACAAGCGCUUCGUCGACGCCGUGGCGCACCUCGGCAUCAAGAACGCCGUGCCAAAGACCAUAAUGCAGCUCAUGAGCGUGGACGGCCUCACGCGCGAGAACGUCGCGUCCCACCUCCAGAAGUACCGCCUCUACCUCAAGCGCAUGCAGGGCCUCGGCAACGGCGGCGGCGGCGGGGGAGGCAGCCACUCAUCUGGCUCCGGGACCGACGCCGCCACCGAGCACCUCUUCGCCACCGGGCCAUCCCCGUUCCUCCCGCCCGGCCGCGGCCCGCCUGGCGCCGACCCCUACACCCCCUACGCCGCCAUGCCCGCCGCGCACCACCACCACCACCACCCGCAGCAGAUCGGACACUUCCACCAUCCCGCCGCGCGCCCGCUCGGCCACUACGGCGCCGGCCCAGGCGCCGGCUUCGACCAUGGCUUCCUCAGCCGCGCCGUCGCCAGCGGCGCGCCGGUCGGCCCGCCCGGGAUGCACCACCGCAUGGUCGGCGGCGGGGCCGCGAUGGGGAUGAUGGCGCCGUCGUCUUUCGCCGACGAGCUGGAGCUAGGAUCCCGUGGCGGCGCCGGCGCCGGCGGGCGCCGGGAGCUGACGCUGUUCCCGACUUCCGGCGACCACUGAGCGUCGACAUCGACGGUGACCGGCAUCCGUCCGUCCUCCUCGGGUAUAUAAAAUUCGUUUUCCCCUCUGCCGCCGCCGCGCGCUACUUCCCAAAGAUCGGCAUGGAAUCCCAGCAGGAUUCAACACAUCAUCAUAUCAUAGAGGCCAAGAAUUCUUGGGAAUUAGCAGUCCACCAUCCAUCAAAUCCAUCCAUAUUUUCUAUCUAUCUCUUGGCCAGGUUGCUGCCUUGUGUUCUGUUCUUGUGUUGCUGAUAUUUGUCAUUGAUGUUCCCGUUCUCUCCGUGUUCUUUGCUGUUGAUGACAUAAAGCUUAGCUUUAGAGAGAGACAAUUAUUUCAGACGGUGAAAAAAGUUGUGAAAAAUUGCUGCUACUCCUCCUAGUACUACUUUGAUUCA